AUGGGACUCUGGGAAGCUUUCCUCAACUGGCUGCGCAGGUGGGGUGGUGCCUUAUUUCGGCCGUUUUUUAAGAUUUUAUGGUUCUGGAUUUCGUGGCUGUUAUCCUGUUGGCCGUUGAGAUUUUCUCCCCCUACUGUUCCGGCGACGGUUUUAUCGGGGGAUUCGUUGAAUUGAUUAAUGUAUUUGGAUUAAUCUUAUGGAGCGGUUUUGUCGCAAUGAUAGAGUUAUUUUUCUUUUGUUUCAAAUACUCUGCAAGUGAUCAACGAUACCCGGUUUUAUGACAGUGAUUGCUUAACUAUUCUAUUGCCGAAAUUUUACGAUAAAAAGAGGUAAUGAAAUAACUAUCACUGCAACCAAGGCAUCGGUUUCAUUGACCACCCAGUCUAGAGCUUUGAACUUCGAAGAAGAACGCAAUUCGCCUUCUCACCUAAGUAACAGACCUGUUCUUUCCUUUCUCGGAUGCUUGGCUUUUGGAGUUACUUUUCGAUUCCACUUGAACCCUAUUCAAUGCCCGCUUAUUAACAUUAUGACAUUAAUAUUGUUACUCAUUUUGUUUGUUUCAGUGGUAAAUCACAGAUCAUCCAUUUGUUAUCUAAUGUUGAUUUUCUAUUAUAGCCUCUUUUUCAAGCAAGAAAUGGAACUUUCUUUGAUAGGACUUCAGAAUGCAGGAAAGACAUCCCUUGUUAAUGUUAUUGCGGUAUGUUCAUCAGCCUUCAUUUUCUUUAUCCAGUGCGUCUUUUAGUUAUUUGAGACAAUCAUGGGGUUCUCUGUCUCUUUUGCAGACUGGUGGCUACAGUGAAGACAUGAUUCCCACUGUGAGAAUCGCAGUUUCAUUGAAUAUUUUUCACAUGAUUUUUUUUCUGUUAUUGCUCUGCGAAAGGAAUUUUCUCUAACUGGACUUGAAUUUUGUAAUGUUUGUAUACAGGUUGGAUUCAAUAUGAGAAAAGUCACCAAGGGUAACGUUACAAUAAAGUUGUGGGAUCUUGGAGGGCAGCCCAGAUUUCGCAGUAUGUGGGAACGAUAUUGCCGUGCUGUCUCAGCCAUUGUGUAGGUCUCCUACCGUUAUCUCGGUUACUUUCAUGAAUAUCACUUAUUUUUCAUCCUUUAAUUUUUGAGUAAUUUUUUUCUCCAUGUCUCGUUAAUGAACAAUAUUAUAGAAAAUAAUAUUAUAUAGAGAAACACACGAUAUACUAAAUAUCAUGAUAUUUUACUUAAUUCCCUUACGAUAUCUCUCAUCAAUUAUUGUCUUUGAAGUGUGCUUGCGACGGACGCUCUAGGACUGGCCAAUCCUUAGGAAAAGACACCUGGAUGAUGACAAUUUUGGAAUUACGAUCCUGCUGCAGUCCAGAUGAAUGAGUUGCAACAUGAGGUUUAGCUUACAGGAAUUGCCCCCUCGGUUAUUGGAUUUUUGACCUCGGAAGACUGUUGAAAUUGAGGACAGAGUUGCAACAUGGGAUUAGUUCAUAGUCAGGGGUAAUGGUUUAGUUUAAUCCAAUCAGAUGGUUUGGUUGAGUAAGUUCAGAACAUUUCAUGGAUUUUGAUGUGACUUGAAAAGUCUGAAAGAUGUUUUUAUUGUGGAUACAUAUCGAGAGAUAAUGGUCGUCAGCAGGAAGCAUCAUUAAGGAUAUAACAUGUCACUUUCAUGAGUUGCAGUCAAAUGAUGAGAAGUUUCUUUUGCUUUAUCAAGGUAGAGAACUGCUUCUAUGACUAGUUAACCACUAGAAAAGAUGAGGGCAUUGAGAUGAUGGGUUUUGUUGUCUGGCACUAGUCUACGGCUGUGCAGUUGGAAAAUUAAGCGUUGGUUCAAGGAAAUGGCAUGAUCCAUUCUUUUUGACCGAUGUUAUGUUCCCUGAACUUGUGUUACAUCUCUUUUUUUUGGCUCUCAUAUCUCCCACAACAAUAUGAAAUGAAGAAAAUUGGAAAAUGCCAUCAUGCUGUUUUUUUGUGGUUGAUAUACCUCAUUGGUUGCUCAUUAACUUCGUCACUUGACUAAUCAAAAGAAUUUUUAUAAAAAAAUUAAGACUUAAAUGCAGUCUAAUAGGUACCUAGAUAAGAAAAAAUGAACAAUGUCCUUGUUCUUUAUCAUGAGAUGAAAUCAAGGCUGUCGAGAUGAUUAAGCAAUCCACGUCCUUGUUGUCUUGCAACAAGAAAAAGCAUUGGACGAGUUCCUAGACGAAGCCUACUUUUAAACAUAUAUUAGGAAAUAUUAUAAAGUACUAAUUAGAUACCAAGUGACUAAUAAUGUCAAGGAUUUAUCUCUACAUAAUACGCAAAAUACACAAGGACAUGUUUUACAUAUUCGUAGCACUAAUACCAUGUUAAGAUAUAUAUCCAAUCUUUAUGCUAAAAAAGUUGAACUUAUUUUAUUAUUGUAAAAUGUCUUCAAAUGUCUGCCGAUAUAAAUGGAAUCACUAAAGAUUAUUUUGGUGAUAUUUGUAAGAAGGGCAAAAGCGAAUGGUAAUGCAAUGCUGGAAAGAAAUGUGUCAAAGAUAAAAAAUCUGCUCUCAAUACUUCCCGUUCUCUUUUUCACUAUCUUAGUCAGUUUAUUUAAAACUUGAUGACAUGUGACAAGCACAAUUAUUUCCCGAAAAUUUAUCUAAAGUUGUGUUUAUAAAUUACUAUUUCCUUUCAUUCAGUCAGAUUUAAUCCGACCAGUGAUAACACUUCAUGAUAAAAAUCUUUUCAGGAUUGAGGGAUCUGCACGGAUGCUUUCGUCUUUAGUACUUAUGUACUUACUUCUGUUUGAGCUGGAUGGCUCAAAAUGAAGACGAUUAGCAGACUCUCUUUCUGAACUGCCCCCUAGAUUUUAGUGUGAUGCAUCUUGACAUAGAUUUGGUAGAUAGACUUAUUUCUUUGUUGAUAUAAUCACAAAGUUUCUUUCUUACGUUCGGACCUUGAUAAUCCUACAUGCGGUCGUGUUGGCAAUGGGACUUGAUCAGUAGCUAACCUCCCUCGUCCUGUUUCUAUCUCUGCAACUUUUAUCCAGACAUUCAAGAGAGCUUAAAAACGUCAACCCCAGUGUUCUUAAAACUGUAACAGGAUUACAUCCUGGGUUUUCUUCAACUCCCUUGAUUGUUACUCUUUCGAUCAAUUACAGCCUUUGCUUAUCUGGGUUUGAUCGUAAAUAAUCAAGCCCACUGAUCUGGUUAGUCCGUUCAUGUCAGCACAUCGAAAUCCACGUUAAAUUGCCACUUUAUACCAGUUCAUGUUCUAAACGCCUGCUUGAGCUUACCCAUUUUUUCCAGCAGGAAUUUCAGGGAACGUUGUUGCCCAGAUGAACAACAUUCGGAGACCGGUUGCCCAUUCUCUCUCUCUCUCUACUGAAGGGGAUUAUUUUUCGCUGUGCUGGGAUUAUUGACCAUAUGUUCUUCCUUCACUAAGAAACACAUCUCAGCUGCUACCUAUGAUACUUCUUUGCUAUUUUUAUUACUCUCUGAGCAUGGGAUUUAUCUGCACAAAAAAAAGAAACAUAACUCGGUAUUCUGUAUCUCCGUAGGUAUGUUGUUGAUGCGGCAGACAGGGAGACCUUGUCCAUCUCAAGAAGCGAACUCCACGACCUGUUGAGCAAACCAUCGUUGAGUGGGAUCCCUCUCCUCAUUCUGGGCAAUAAGAUCGACAAGCCCGAAUCUCUCUCUAAACAGGAGUUUGCUGAACAAAUGUAACCAACCAGAGAUUUUCAAGAAAAAAAAAAGAUUUACUGGUUUUCUUUAUUCUUUUUAUCCAUAUUAAUCUUCUUUUUUGGGUGGGGGGGGGGCGGUUCCACAGGGGGGUCAAGUCCAUCACCAACAGGGAAGUCUACUACUUCAUGAUCUCCUGCAAGAACUCCACCAACAUCAACUCCGUUAUUGACUGGCUGGUGAAGCACUCCAAGUCGAAGAACUGA